AGAGACUCCGUGCUGCUUGGGUGCUGCUGCGCGUGCGCGGGCGCGGGCGGCGCGGCGCCGGAGUCGUGUUCUUUGCCGCCUCCGCCGCCGGGCCAUCUACCCGGGAUUUGAGUCUCGCGCCUUCUUCGUUCGCUCGCCGGGGGUUCGCGCCCCUCUCGAGACCCCGGGCAGCGAGGCUGGGGAAGGGGUUGGAGGGGGCUGUUGAUCGCCGCCUUUAAGUUGUGCUCGGGGCGGCCAUGUCGGCCGGCGAGGUCGAGCGCCUAGUGUCGGAGCUGAGCGGCGGGACCGGAGGGGAUGAGGAGGAAGAGUGGCUCUAUGGCGGCCCAUGGGACGUGCAUGUGCACAGUGAUUUGGCAAAGGACCUAGAUGAAAAUGAAGUUGAAAGGCCAGAAGAAGAAAAUGCCAGUGCUAAUCCUCCAUCGGGAAUUGAAGAUGAAACUCCUGAAAAUGGCGUACCUAAACCGAAAGUGACAGAGACUGAAGACGAUAGUGAUAGCGACAGUGAUGAUGAUGAGGAUGACGUUCAUGUCACCAUAGGAGACAUUAAAACGGGCGCACCACAGUAUGGGAGUUAUGGUACAGCACCUGUAAAUCUUAACAUCAAGACAGGAGGAAGAGUUUAUGGAACUACAGUAGGAACGAAAGUCAAAGGAGUAGAUCUUGAUGCACCUGGAAGCAUUAAUGGAGUGCCACUUUUAGAGGUAGAUUUGGAUUCUUUUGAAGAUAAACCAUGGCGUAAACCUGGUGCUGAUCUUUCUGAUUAUUUUAAUUAUGGGUUUAAUGAAGAUACCUGGAAAGCUUACUGUGAAAAACAAAAGAGGAUACGAAUGGGACUGGAAGUUAUACCAGUUACCUCUACUACAAAUAAAAUUACGGCCGAAGACUGUACUAUGGAAGUUACACCAGGUGCAGAGAUCCAAGAUGGCAGAUUCAAUCUUUUUAAGGUACAGCAGGGAAGAACUGGAAAUUCAGAGAAGGAAACAGCGCUUCCAUCUACAAAAGCUGAGUUUACUUCUCCUCCUUCUUUGUUCAAGACUGGACUCCCACCAAGCAGGAGAUUACCUGGGGCAAUUGAUGUUAUUGGUCAGACUAUAACUAUCAGCCGAGUAGAAGGAAGGCGACGGGCAAAUGAAAACAGCAACAUACAGGUCCUUUCUGAAAGAUCUGCUACGGAAGUAGACAACAAUUUUAGCAAACCACCGCCAUUUUUCCCUCCAGGAGCUCCUCCCACUCACCUUCCACCUCCUCCAUUUCUUCCACCUCCUCCAACUGUCAGCACUGCUCCACCUCUGAUUCCACCACCAGGUAUUCCAAUAACUGUACCACCUCCAGGUUUUCCUCCUCCACCAGGCGCUCCACCUCCAUCUCUUAUACCAACAAUAGAAAGUGGACAUUCCUCUGGUUAUGAUAGUCGUUCUGCACGUGCUUUUCCAUAUGGCAAUGUUGCCUUUCCCCACCUUCCUGGUUCUGCUCCUUCAUGGCCUAGUCUUGUGGACACCAGCAAACAAUGGGACUAUUACUCAAGAAGAGAGAAAGACCGAGAUAGAGAUAGAGACAGAGACCGAGAACGAGAUCGUGAUCGAGACAGAGAAAGAGAACGCACCAGAGAGAGAGAGAGGGAGCGUGAUCAUAGUCCCACGCCGAGUGUUUUCAACAGUGAUGAAGAACGAUACAGAUACAGGGAGUAUGCGGAAAGAGGCUAUGAGCGCCACAGAGCAAGUCGGGAGAAAGAAGAACGACACAGAGAAAGACGACACAGAGAGAAAGAGGAAACCAGACACAAGUCCUCUCGAAGUAAUAGUAGACGUCGCCAUGAAAGUGAAGAAGGAGACAGUCAUAGGAGACACAAGCACAAAAAAUCUAAAAGAAGCAAAGAAGGAAAAGAAGCCGGCAGCGAGCCUGCCCCUGAACAGGAGAGCACCGAAGCCGCACCUGCAGAAUAGGCGUGGUCAUGGCCUUUUGUGUGCGGUAGUGCCGGGAGUAGAUGCUAUAAACCUUCUUGUUUUUCUGGAUGAUGUUUAAGAAAUUUGCCUUUCGUCUUGUUCUGUUUGUUAGUAUGAAAAUUUAACUUUUUUCUUCUAAAAUAAAAGAGUGAAUUUUUCAUGUUAAGUUAAAAAUCUUUGUCUUGUAAUAUUUAAAAAAUAAAAAGACAGUAAUGACUUUGUAUCGAAGAAAGUAAUGAGUCACUCAGCAGGGAAUUUAAAGAGCUAUGUUUAGCUGUGUACAUAAUAUCUGAUUGAUUGAUAAAGGUCAAGGGUUCCCUCUUGGCCAGUUUCCUUGAGUUAGUUAGUUAGUUAGUUAAUCAAAUACCAGUCUCUUAAGAAGCUGCACUGCAAAAUGCAUCAAAAUGCACCUCUGAGUCGUCUUGAGAUUAAAACUAGUCAGUCUUUCUUUUAUCAUCACUGCUGUGGCACUGUUGCUUUGCAUCUUAAAGAACUCCUCAUACAGUUUUGAUACUGCAACUUUUUGAUAGCAGGUUUUCAGUGUUCUAAAAUUUGGGUUCAUGGUGAAACAACUAAAGGGGAACUUUUCUAUCCAAAGUAAUAAAAUCUAACGGUAUUUGGGUGGCCUGUGAAAUAACUUGCCCUAAAUGUAGUUUCUGGCAGGCACAUGGACAAAUACUCGUCACUGUGACACAAAUUUGAAUUGCCUCAAUGCCAUCUUUUAUGAGCUAGGUCAAGCUGGUUUGGCCUUUCUUGAUGCUUCUUCCAAGGCUCAUUGGUUGAGCAGCACGUAGAGUUUGUAUACAGUUACUAGCUAUACUGUGAAUAAAAAUAAAUAAGAGCCUUAGAUUAGUCAUUUCCCAUUACAUUUAAGAAAGUACAAGUUUAUAUAAUUCUGUGAACAUUUUUAGGGAUAGCCCUUAGAAGGUAUUUGUCAGUGAUGGUAGCAACAUGGUUUUGAAAGAAUGAAUUACUAGGAACUUUUAAAUAGUGAUAAUAGAAAUGAACUUAGUAUCACAUACUAAAAGACAGCUAUAUAAUUUUUGAAAAAUAUUUAUUUCUCAUUUGAUGAACAUUUUUCAGCAAUGCACUUUUAAAAUCCUCUGUCUGGAAAUUGUUUUUAAAAUGCCCAUAAUGUGCCCUUUGCAGACCUCAGCAUAUACCAGAUUUUAAUUUAACUGUAUGAUUUGAAUUCAGUGGGGGCAUACAAACCAUGUCAGCUGUUUAAGAGCUUUUUAUUGAAUAGAAAAAUAUAAACUUAAAGUUCAGAGUAAUGAGAAAUGCUCCACACUGAGUAAAAACUAUUAGUAAUGUUUAUAUUUUGAGAAUUAUAUUUUCUGAGGUGUAAUUGGCUUUUCAUUAGAUCCUUUUUCUGACAUUAAAGUUUAUAUUUUUACAUUGUAGCCUUCAAAUGCAAAAAUUGACAAGAUAAAUAGAUUGUUUCAACUUAGCUUAUUUGUGAUUUCCUGUUUUUCUAUGACCCAUCACUGAUUCUAUAAAAAAGUGCCAGGCCAAGAAGCAAUGGUGAGAGUAAUUUUUCCUUUAAGUUCUUUUAGCAUCCUUGCCAAGCAAGCAUGUAUCAUUCCUGAUGUACUUCUGCCAUUGACAGCAAGAAGAAUAUCACCACAUCUAAAAAAAAAUAAAUAAGGCACAUGAUUAACAUUUUGAGCCACGGCUGAAGUUAAUGCAAGUUUCUGUGGUGGUCCUAGUUUUUGCUUCAUCUGUCAGUUUUAGUCAUAUUAUCAAUACUUCUAAUUAAGGUUCUCCCUACACCCCUCACUUAAAUUCUUCAAAUUCUAUCGUUCAGCUUGUUUUAGAAAGAAUGCUAAAAGUAUAGGAAGUUGCUGUAUGGGACCAAGAGUUAACAAAUCAUUUUGGAUUUCUUAGAAAUGGAAUGCUGCAUAAAUGUUUUAAAUUUCUUACCAAUAAAAAAAGAUACAAUAAAUAGGUGCCUUAUUUCAAAUGGGGCCAGGCUUUUUGCACGUAUAAAACACAAUCUUUGAAUAUAAGUUUUUUGUUAAGUAGUCAUUAUUAUUACCUGAUUCUUCCAUCGUUGUAUGCUGGUGUUCCUUCAACAAUGGAUUUGAUAAAAAAAGGUUUGUUCCCAUUGUAUUCUUCAUAACCUCCUACAAUGCAGAAGCCCAGACUUCCAGCUGUGUUUCUUCGCAGUAUAACAUCUUUACAGUUGUACAGGUACCUGAAAUAGAACGAAAUCAAUGUAAAUGCAC